ACUAGUAGCCAGUGGCGUCGCCCCAAACUCUUUGCGCUUGCCAGUUUUCGUUCUUGUUCCACACCUCUUUUGGCAGCGGCAUGUCUAGCACAAACUCCAUCGAUCUCUGCCAACUUCCGGGCUCAAGAACUUCCACUUUCCCAUCGGACGGCAUGGACGCAUGUUUUGCCGCUUUCGACAAGAACUGCGACGGUUGGCUGAACUAUGGGGAGUUUAAGGAGCUGUGCAAAGCCCUUUUUCGGGACGCCAAAGGAAACUCGUACACUGUCAAGGAGAGCUGGCUGAAGGAAAUUUUUGAGAUUUUCGACCGGAACCUGGAUGGGAACAUUGAUAGGGAGGAGUUCGCUUUUUGCUGGAACAACUGGAUUAAAACCAUUGUCAAGCCAGUGAGUGCGCUAUUGGUGAUCGAUGUCCAGAACGACUUCAUCUGCGGAACUCUGGACAUUCGGAACUGCGCUGCCAGACACAAUGGGGAGGACGUUGUCCAGCCGAUCAACAACCUUCUGGACACUGUGCAGUUUGAUGCGAUUUUCUACUCAUUUGACUGGCAUCCGGAGGACCACGUCUCCUUCAUUGACAAUGUCCACUUAAGACCAUUCCAUCCCUCCAGUCCGGUUAAGGCCGAGCAGGCCAGAGUCUACGACACUGUGAGGUUCGAUGGUGAUCCUCCUCGAACCCAGAAACUCUGGCCGCGGCAUUGCGUGCAAAACACCUGGGGCGGCCAGCUGCACAAAGACCUCAAGGUGGCGCCCAAUGCGGUUAAAAUCUACAAGGGCACCAACCCGGAGGUCGACUCCUACUCGGCCUUUUGGGACAACUCGAAGCUGACCGACACGAAAAUGGAGGCGCAGCUGAAGCUGCGCAAUGUCACUGAUGUCUAUGUGUGUGGCAUCGCCUACGACGUUUGCGUUGGGGCAACAGCUGCAGAUGCGAUUGUGAGCGGCUUCAGAACGAUCCUGCUGGACGACUGCUGUCGAGGGGUGGAUCUGCUGGACAUUGAGAAGACCAAGGAGAACAUCCUGGGGAACAAUGGGCUGAUUGCCACUUCGGAAGAAGUGGAGGGUUUGGUGAAAGGAGUCGAUCGGCGGGUGGAGCUCGGCUACAAACUGGCUCUCGAUCUCUCCAAGAGGCUUGCCAGCUCCAAACAGACUGUUUAGGGCUUUGCGUUGAAAACACUCGGUAUAUUUUCACAGAUUCCUUCCAGGUUUGCCCAGCUGAGAUGAUGAUUGAUAGUCCAGCAGGAGUUGAUACGGUCUUAGGAYUASGAAAAUAAUCGSGAAAAAUAUACUGGGUGUUKCAUGGGUGUGAGGCCACUGUACAUUCAAGCAGCUCCAUUACUUAACGUUGUACUUAUUGGGCGAUUAAAGUCGAUUUUUCUUUAA